AUGGAAGGGGAGAAAACACCAAACUCAACCGCUACUUCCAUAGAAUCGGCUGAAAAACAUACGAAUGCUAGUGAACAGCUUGAUCCUAAAGCUGAGCAGCGAUUGCUAUGGAAAUUUGACCUCCACAUUGUCCCUAUCCUAUUUAUUGUGUAUUUCUGUGCCUUCAUGGACAGAAUCAAUGUCGGCAAAGCCUUGAUCGAAGGCCUCAUAGAGGAAUUGAAUAUGAAUAGCACUAGUGAUAUUCGCCUUGCCCUGCUGAUCUUCUUCGUUCCAUAUAUCAUUUUGGAAGUUCCUAGCAACAUUCUUCUUAAGCGAGUUGCUCCCUCGACUUGGAUUACUAUUCUCACUUUUUUCUUCGGUCUUGUGACUGUGUGUCAAGGAUUCGUGAAAUGCCCGAAGGGGCUCACCGUUUGCCGAUUUCUCCUGGGUGUUUUUGAAGCUGGCCUUCUCCCAGGAUUCAGCUAUCUUAUGAGUACGUACUACAAGGGGCACGAAUUCCAGAAAAGAUUCGCUGUUCUUUUUACGUCUGGAAUGGUUGCAGGUGCUGUCGGGGGACUUCUAGCGUUUUCAUUCGCCAAACUCGAUGGUGUGGGAGGAUACUCAGGAUGGCGAUGCAUAUUCAUUGUUGAAGGCCUUAUGACGAUUUCACUGAGCUUUCUUACGAAGUUCCUCAUCGUGGAUUGGCCUUCUAAAGCAUCGUUUCUCUCGGAAGAGGAGCGAGUCAUGGUUGCAGCACGCUUAAAGGAGGAUAUGGGUUCCGCAAAAAUGGACAAGCUUAACCGAGAAUCUUUGCAAAUCAUUGUCAAGGACUGGAAAAUAUAUAUGGGGGCGUUCAUAUACUUCACCAUCAAUACCUCUAGGUAUUCGACAGCUCUCUUCAACCCUACUAUUUUAAAUCCGUUUGGGUAUGACGCCUCACAAUCACAAGUCCAUAGUAUACCUAUUUGGGUGGCAUCCGCGGGCCGCGACCAUUCUUACGUAUCCAUAAGAGUCAAACACAUGGCACUCUUCAUCGUCAAUAUUGGUGUAUACGUCGCUCAACCUGUUGUCGUCGUAUGGGUCUCUAACAACUUAGCCGGUCACUACAAACGUGCAUUCGGGAUCGCUUUCCAAAUUUCUGUUGGUAAUAUUGGUGGUCUCGUGGCCAGUAAUAUGUUCGCCCCGAAUGCUGCGCCUCUCUUCAAAGCAGGAUAUGGGAGCGCUCUGGCUUUGAUAUUUAUUAACAUCCAAAAUAACGAAGUCUCUGGUAUUGCAGCCGUGGUAUCAGAUCAAUGGGCUUUCUCCGCCCAAGCAAAGUUCUCACAAUGGAGUGCCAAGAACCAGCUGCCAGAUAAAUAUGCAGCCUCAGAAGCAUCAACUGUAUGUUUCCAACGGAGUGUCGGUCAAUCUUUGCGAUAUCCGUCACUGAGUUUAUGGGGUAGCCCAUUAUCCGAUGGGAGGAUUGUCGAAUUCAACGAACCAUCGUCGAUCGAACAGUGA